ACUAUAUAAAAGCAAAGCAGGAGGAAAGCGGACGGGACAAACAGAAUCAACCAAACCAAACCAAACAAGAAGAACGUACCCUCGGACUCUGUUUGGUUCAACAACCGCCCCCGCUACUGCACAGAAAAAGAAACAAAGCCAACGCAAUCAUCUUCUUCUUCGAAAUCAUCUAAAGCAAGAAACGAAAGAGCCCACAUUCCCCAUCAUUGAUAUUAUCUUCUAUCUCCACACCACAUCACACCACACCAUUCUUCUGCUUCCUCCUCCUUCUUCUUGAUCAACCAAUUGAUCAGCAGCAUUAGCAAUGGAGGAUUUGUUGGGUCUGCUGAGGAUCCACAUCAAGAGGGGGUACAACCUUGCCGUCCGAGAUGUCCGGAGCAGCGACCCCAAUGUUAUUGUCCGAAUGGGCAAACAGAAGCUGAAGACUCGGGUGGUGAAGAAGAACCUGAACCCGGAGUGGAACGAGAACCUGACGCUCUGUGUCACUGAUCCCAGCCUGCCCGUCAAGCUGACGGUGUACGACAGAGACAGGUUCAGCCUCGACGACAAAAUGGGGGACGCAGAGUUCGAUAUUCGCCCAUUCCUCGACAUCGUGAGGAUGGACUUGGAGGGCCUCCCCAGCGGUACCGUUAUCAGAAAGAUAAUCCCCAGCAGGCAGAACUGCUUAGCCGAGGAGAGCUGCAUCACAUGGAUAAAUGGCAGGGUUGUCCAGGACAUGAUCCUUCGGCUCCGGAACGUUGAGUGCGGCGAAAUCGAGGUCCAGCUUCAGUGGAUGGACCCUUCUCAACUAUCGUCCUAAUAUAAGCGCUCCAGUCCCAGAUAAUCUAUUAGUAAUGAGAUGCAUCCAUGGAAAUACAUGCAGAGGGAAUUGUCAGUUAAUACUUUAAUCGUCCAGAUCCAGGUUCGUGCGAACAUCGAACACCUAAUCCUAGCAUAAUUUAUUAAUCUAGGAUUGAGCUCAAAUUCUCACUCAAGAACUCGAUUUGGGAGUGCUGUUAUGAGCUAUUGUUGUCGAAGAGUGAUUACGGAACUUUGUAAUCCAACAAUGAAAAUGCAGAAUAAGUAAAAGUGCUCGGUUUUGGCUUAAGCAAA